CAGCGACUCGAUCCGUCCUUAAAAUUCUUCAAAAACCCACCCAUCAUUUCUCCAAAACCAGCACUAGUCUUAGUCCUCCCCAUUUUCGUCAAACUCCGAAAACCACAAUGGCGUCCCAGAACGACACCGCCACCGCCAGAUCCGGAUCCGGAUCCGGAUCCAACGGCGAGGAGCGUCGCAAGGUGGCGCUGAUCACCGGAAUCACCGGCCAGGACGGCUCCUACCUGACGGAGUUCCUCCUCAACAAAGGCUACGACGUCCACGGCCUGAUCCGACGCUCCUCCAACUUCAACACCCAGCGGAUCAACCACAUCUACAUCGACCCCCACAACGCCCACAAGGCCCGCAUGAAGCUCCACUACGCCGACCUCACCGACGCCUCCUCCCUCCGCCGCUGGCUCGACACCAUCGCCCCCGACGAGGUCUACAACCUCGCCGCCCAGUCCCACGUCGCCGUUUCCUUCGAGAUCCCUGACUACACAGCCGACGUCGUCGCCACCGGCGCCCUCCGCCUCCUCGAAGCCGUCCGCAACCACGUCGACGCCACCGGAAGGACCAAUGUCAAGUACUACCAGGCCGGGUCCUCCGAGAUGUUCGGGGCCACCCCGCCCCCGCAGUCGGAGACGACUCCGUUUCAUCCCCGAUCCCCUUACGCCGCCUCGAAAUGCGCGGCGCACUGGUACACCGUGAACUACCGCGAGGCCUACGGGCUCUACGCCUGCAAUGGGAUUCUGUUUAACCACGAAUCGCCGAGGAGGGGAGAGAAUUUCGUGACCCGGAAGAUCACUCGGGCCGUGGGCCGGAUCAAAAUCGGGCUGCAGAGCAAGCUGUUCUUGGGGAAUUUGAAUGCUUCAAGGGAUUGGGGAUUUGCUGGUGACUAUGUGGAGGCAAUGUGGAUGAUGCUACAGCAGGAGAAGCCUGAUGACUAUGUUGUGGCCACCGAGGAGUCGCACACGGUGGAGGAGUUCUUGGAGGUGGCGUUUGGGUAUGUGGGGAUGAACUGGAAGGAUCAUGUUGUGCUUGACAAGAGGUACUUGAGGCCGUCGGAGGUUGACAAUCUGAAAGGGGAUGCAAGCAAGGCGAAGAAGAUUCUCGGGUGGAAGCCCAAAGUUGGGUUUCAGCAGCUGGUGAAGAUGAUGGUGGAUGAAGAUGUCGAAUUGGCAAAGAGGGAAAAGGUUCUUGUUGAUGCUGGAUACAUGGAUGCCCAGCAACAACCUUGAUUUUCGUCUUCUCCGAUUUUUGGUUCAUAUAAGUUAUAAUGUGGUUUAGUUCAAUGGAUUCUAGAGUUCCAGUAAUUUACUGUUGGUGGUUCUUUGUUCCGAAAGUUGUUUGAUUUUUCUGUAAGGUCAUUCAUUCUAUUUCAGCAGUUCCUACAGUUGAAUUAUUGUUGCAGUUCAUGUUUUGGAUGGUGAAGCUCACUGGGAUACGCCGGAUCGAGAUCCCUUUCAUUUUACAAUAAUUUUAGUUCAGUAAAAUAAUUUCAUUUUUGUGUCGGU